GGUGUCGCGCGCGACUUGGCCGCACUACUCGCAGUCCCGAGCCCGAUUCGCCGCGGAGUUAUCGUUCCUCUCUCUUGGCCCGCAGGAGCCAGCGAGCGCAAAAUUUCCCCGAGUGUGAAGCAGCGGCAGCAACAGCAGCAGCAUCAUCGUCGUCGUCAUCGUCAUCAUCACCAUCACCGGGACGAGCACCAACGUUGUCCAGCAGCGUCUGAUCACGCGUCGCGUCUCCGCCGUCGUCACGAAUUGCAACGCGCGCGCUAAAUAACGUUGUAUUCGCGGCCACUCACGGACCGGAGGGCGAGCCCGUUUGUGAUCCGCCGGAGAGAGUGUCAACGAGACAAGGACAACAGAAAAGAUGUCCGACCGAAAGGCUGUAAUCAAGAAUGCCGACAUGUCAGAGGAGAUGCAGCAGGAUGCUGUCGACUGUGCUACUCAAGCACUUGAAAAAUAUAACAUAGAAAAAGAUAUUGCAGCAUUUAUCAAGAAGGAGUUUGACAAGAAAUACAAUCCGACGUGGCAUUGCAUUGUAGGACGUAAUUUCGGUAGCUAUGUGACGCACGAAACAAGACAUUUUAUCUAUUUCUAUCUGGGUCAGGUAGCCAUUCUCCUGUUUAAGAGCGGAUAAGCUGAUUUCUAUUCUCCAUCCUUCCUUUGUCCUUCCUCUCGUCCCCCUCUCCCUCCCACCCUCCCUCCCUUCCUCCCUCCU